CCCUCUUUGAUGACGUCGCGCUGGCGAAGCCAAAUAAGCUCUUAGCAACAAGCUAAGAAACCAUUACUGGCAUUACGGGACGGAACGCGCAUCCAAAACACUCAGACCUUUCGUGAGAACACUUAUUUGACAUGUCGGAAAGUGUUUGGAAGGGAUUAUGACUUCAUUUGACCUUUCUUGUUUUUAUAAUGAAAGCAAGUUAGGUUUGUACUAUCCGGGAAAGAGAAAACGCUAGCCUAAGCUUGAGCUGCCCUCUGCACCGUGUGCUCUGGCUGGGAUGACUCUUCUGUUCAAACUAACAACACGAAAGUCAAGAGAGGGCAAUAGUCGAGGUGGUCGAUAUCGGUUUAAUGUUUGGACUCAGUCUCAUUAUGCUUUAGGGAGACCGUUUGUUUUGACGGAAACGUGUUUGUGUCCUCUUCAACUUUGAUUCUUCAUCAUCAUCAUCAUCGUCGAGAACGAGCCCUUCUCAUCCACCAAUAUUUGGGUUCCUCUGGUGCAUUUGUGAAUUUAUGCAAAUCUAGUUCCAGUAUCUAUUAGUUGGGACCUUCGUUUUUGAAAUACAGAUACAUCUGUUACUUCUCCAGACUUGCAGUACAGGUGGUCAAAUUGAUAAGCCUCGUGAAAACAGCUUAAAGGGGAUCAUGCCUGAACCCUGCAGCACUGUGAAGUCUCUGAACAUCUGACACGCUUCUCCUCGGAAAUGAGACUAGACGGACACUGAAUUUCAGUUUUGGAUGGAUCUUGCUUUAGUGAAAACAUUUUUCAGAGGAAAAAUAAAUAUUUGAUGUUGACUGCAUGCAACCAUGAUGAUACUAAGCAGAAAACCAGAUGGCCCCAUAACUGCAGCUCGCCUUGGGUAUGACUCCUACAUGCGCCCUGAUCACAUUGUGAACCAGGACACUGAUGUGAAUGGGCAGAGUCCCUCUGGACUGCCUCCUCUCCCAAAACAUUCCGGUGUCAACAAGCCUGCUAUGAAGGAUCACCUAGCAGUCCGGAGAGGACAGAAAGUGAAGUAUUUUUACGAGGACACCUACAACCGCAAACUCAAUGGUGUGAGCCAGCACAAUGGCACAAGCCAAGUACCUGCGAAGCCACAACCUGCAAUCUCUAAAGACAGAAGCGUGGACAGCAACAGCUCUCUUAAGUCAUCUGAGAGCUCAACAAAAGUCUCAAAGCUUGGCAGCCCAAUGACCCCAGAACAAGCUAUCAGGCAAUACCGGCAACAAUUGACUACCUUGGAGCAGCAGGAGAUCCACAACUAUCCUGAGAUCUAUUUCCUGGGACCAAAUGCCAAGAAGAGGCAGGCAGUAGCUGGGGGCACCAACAAUAGUGGAUAUGACGAUGACCAGGGAGGAUACAUCCACGUACCUCAGGACCACCUUGCCUAUCGCUACGAGUUCCUCAAGGUGAUUGGCAAAGGUAGUUUUGGACAGGUGGCAAAAGUUUACGACCACAAGUUACAGCAGCACCUCGCCUUGAAGAUGGUGCGCAACGAGAAACGCUUCCACCGGCAAGCUGCUGAGGAGAUACGUAUUCUGGAGCACCUGAAGAAGCAAGACAAGACAGGCAGCAUGAACGUUGUCCACAUGUUGGAGAAUUUCACCUUUCGCAAUCACAUAUGUAUGACUUUCGAGCUGCUUAGCAUGAACCUGUAUGAGCUCAUCAAACGCAACAAGUUUCAGGGUUUCAGUCUCCCACUGGUACGCAAGUUUGCACACUCUAUUCUCCAAUGCCUGGAAUCACUCCAUCGCCAUAAGAUCAUCCACUGUGACCUGAAACCAGAGAAUAUCUUACUGAAGCAGCAAGGCAGGAGUGGGAUCAAGGUCAUUGACUUUGGCUCCAGCUGUUUCGAUCACCAGCGUGUAUACACAUACAUCCAAUCCCGCUUCUACCGUGCACCCGAAGUCAUCUUGGGAUCGCGAUAUGGUAUGCCUAUAGACAUGUGGAGCUUUGGUUGCAUUCUGGCAGAGCUGCUUACUGGAUACCCUCUGUUUCCUGGUGAAGAUGAAGGUGACCAGCUGGCCUGCAUGAUGGAGCUAGUGGGUAUACCAUCUCAGAAAUUGCUGGAACAAGCCAAGCGUGCCAAGAACUUUAUCAACUCCAAAGGCCACCCACGCUACUGCACGGUCAGCACACUUAGUAAUGGCACUGUCAUCCUCAAUGGAAGCCGUUCCCGCCGAGGAAAAUUGCGAGGUCCCCCAGGAAGCAAGGAGUGGGCGGCCGCCCUCAAAGGCUGUGAUGAUGCCAUGUUCAUUGACUUUCUGAAGAAGUGUCUGGAUUGGGACCCUAGUACUCGAAUGACACCAGUUCAGGCCUUAAGACACCCCUGGCUCUACAAGAGACUGCCUAAGCCUGCACCUGGUGGCGAGAAGUCCGUGGUGCCCAAACGGAUCACAGAGCACAGCACCUCUUUCCCUAAUGUCAGCUCCAAGGUACCCUAUGUCAUGGGCUCAACCAACAACAAACUCCGGACCACGAUAAUGCUGCCGAAGCUUGUUUCAUAGAGAUUCCUUAGCUUUUCAGGGAUAAAGACACAUGUAGCAGUUUAUAGAAGUGGAUUUUUUUUUCUUCGUUUUGGUUAUUUUUACUAAAUGAGUGUCAAAAAACAUACAGAUUCAAUUUUUAAUGAAGUUUAACAAGCAAAAACAAUUUUAUACAUCUAUACUGUGUUUUUAUCAAAUGGCCUUCAGAGUGUAAAAUUCUAAAUUGACAUCAGGGCUGUUUUUUUACACCUUGGUCUUGAAAUGAGUGCUGUUUAUUGGAGUGGGUGAAUUUUUUUUUAUGCUGACCGCUCAUCCUGUUCUUUCUAAAGUUUACACUACUUUUGCUCAGACAAACAUACAACUUUUGCAUCUCUAAGGGCUGCUUUGCAUUUAUAUGACUCCUAAUAUACUUUUUUUUGAGGGCUUAGAGUGGAUGUUUGCAGUUGUAGGUCAAACGUCUGACUAAUCUUCAUUUAAAACAAAUUGAAAAUGUCUGUUGGGUGUUUUAAAGCCCAUGUUAUCAUCUUAAAAAUUGAUCUAAUUCAGAGGAGCACAUUUCUUACUUUAACAGUAUCACUUGCAUCCCAAUGAGAGGUCAAACUCUAAGCUAUUUCUCUCCACAGCUCUUUAUUUUUUGAGAUGUUGUUGCUUUAAGUUAAGUUACGCUAGAACAAGAUGAAGAAAGUUAGAUUUGUUGGUAAGCAGUAGAGUAACGCAAGUCACAAUGCUGUUUGAUGGCCAUGGCCAUUCCUGGGAGGUAUUGGGAAUGCUUUUGGGAGUGCUUUUUUGGAAGAUAUUGGUCAGGUUUCACUUGAAGGCAACAGGCAGUAUCACAUGUUUGGCUGUACAUGGUGGUAUGUAUUUCUCCGAAGCUGCUGGUGGGGGAAGGGAAUUGUUGGCAAUAUUUUCUGAUUGAUACCAAACAGCUAGUGUAAGGACUUCAUACACAUAUUCAAAUUACUAGCUAACAAAUAGGUUGAUUACAGGCUUCCUCCAGGAUUCGAUUAGUCCUAUGAAAAAUUUGUCCAGUAGUUUUUAAUGUUUAAUUUUUGUUUGUUUGCAACUACAGCAACUAUUCUUGUCAUUCAUACUGUGAGGGAAGAUAUGAAAAAAAAGCAGCCUGACGAGAUAAUACGGGGUAUUUCCCCUCCCCCAGAGCUCAGCUUCAAUACAUAGUGAUUAUUUUCCAUUGACUGGUUGAUUGUGUGGUCUGAAAUAUCUCUACACAGAGACCUAUUUUGUUCCCUUCUGUUAGGUUUACAGGAGAAUCUUGUUUUUUUUUUUAUACAGUUGAGCACGUUCACCCACCCACAAUGACGCUGGUCAGUGUCUGCACUUUGAGUACUUGUCCAUGUGAAACCCAUUAUUAGGACAAACGAUAUAUGCAUUUGCUUGUUAGGUACGUUGUUGUAUUAUCUAAUGUACACGUUUUGUGACACUGCCUCACUCUUUCUAGCUGUGAAUUGGACACUUAAUGUUUAGAAGCUAAUUGUUGCAAGGUAGGACACUAAUCUGCUAAAGGACUGUGAAAAUGAACUGCGCUUAACCCAUUGGCCCUGACAGGUGAGUGCAAAGCAUCUGUUUGCUACUUGGACCAAGUGGACACCAGGCAAGUAGUUGUGAAAGUCCCCAUUAUUGGAAAAACAUCAUUGCCUUUUCACAACUCUUUCUCAGGUUUUAACCUUUGCGAUUUAAUAGAGAUUUAUAUAGGAUUCCACACACUUAGCGGGUGUAAGGAUGAUGCUUUGGCACUCAAUAAUGCUAGGUUUCAGAAAAACUUUAUAGCUUCAGAGAUGUAGGUGCUAUAAAUAAGACUAUGAACUUUCGGUCCUCUGGUCUAUGGUGUCUUUGUCCAAUCAUAAUUUUUGGGUUCAUAUGUGGUGUCCUGCAAAGUUAAAGUUGCUCUAUGUGUUCUUGGAAUACAUCAGGGAAAAGAGUCCAGGCAAAAGUGGUUUUAGGGUUUUUUUAAUCUCUUUUCUUGCUUGUGAAAUCCAUCUUGUAUGCUCUUGAGAGGUCUCUACUGCACCAAUGAUAGCAUCUUGCUCCACAUCUUCCUACUUGGCUUCAGCAUUCCUGCCUUUUUGUGUUAUCUUGAAUUUGCGUUAUCCACCAAAACACCCUUUCACUUGGCUGUCUCUGUGGUUUGUCUGGGUGUGAACCCCUCACUUUUGGGGGAACCUAGUCUUGUGCCUUUAACUGAACAGACUUGACUAAAUCAGCACUAAGCACAGGAUGACUAAUGUUUCUCUUCCAGCUUUAAUGGUCAGGUUUUUGUAUUGCUUUUAUUUCACCCCUUUAUAGAGUUUUUACUGUUAGCCGUGUUUUAAAGAGAAGUGAAAGAGAUAAUCAUGUAAGUUCCUUUAAACUGUCUGUUUUCUGUUGGCCAUGUGGUUCAGAGCAUGAUAAUCACAGAAUGCAUGAAAAUAAGUGAUAAAAUGAAACCAGAGUAAAUGACAUGAUUUAAAUAAUGACAGUGUGUGUGUAAGUAACCAAAUGAGCUUGUAUUAGUUUCUUUUUUUUUUAAGAAAAAAAAAAGAUAAAUAAAAUCAACAUUACCAAGC